CGCGCACAUUGAGUGGUGGCCGAUGGAAACAUGAGGCUGUGGGUCCUGCUGUGUGUGGUGGUUCUCUGGGACUCUGCCUCGCCCCAACCGACAAAAAGCACAGACAAUGCCGACCGCGAGUGCUGUCCGUGCCCCAAAGACUCUGCUGUGGCCAGCAGCAAUGCGCGUGAGUCAAUCGACUGGGACCAAUCCGCUGCGUCGAGUGUUGCGCGCGCAGACUGCCCAUGUAUGGGCAUGGGAAGAAGCGCCGAUUCUGAUGGCGCGCCGUCUGCGUUCUUCCCGGCUGCUGUGCGUGCGAUCAGGCCUUUUGUGAGCUUGGACGACUCAAAAGAAGAACCAAAGCCUCUCCUGCACCCAGAAGUGGAUUUAGCGUCGUCAGUAUUGGACACUCUUCGGGAAGCAACGGAUGAAGAGUACGAGGAAGCCUUAGCAAGGGACGCAGCUCGAGCCGCCUCAGAUGACGGUAUUGCAGCAGAAUCAGCUCCCAACCUGGUAACUGUCAUCUUUAACCCUAAUGAUUCAUCUCAUGAUGACGUCAUCCCAGAAGCAUCCACUGCUCACGAGGCUAGAUGCAUCAAUCCUUUAGGUAGACCAAAUCUUAGUCUUAGAACUUCAGCGCACGAUCCAGAUAUUUUGACAGAUAUAUUGGGACUGCCUAAAAGAAAACCAUCAGCUCUGAGAGCAUGGAACUUAUUUGAUAUGGAUAGUGGUGUAGGAGCUAGUAAUGUAAACGAACAAGUAGUCAAACCCAAUUUUAAAGAAUCACAAGCAGAGACAAUAAAAUCUCCUUUGAUUAAAUUUUCCAAUGAUAAAUCUAAGAGCCCGCUCACUCAAAACGUUCCUACUUUAUUUAAAAACACAGACAAUGAUUUGAGUUCUACAAUUCUAGAUAAACUCAGAGAGUCUAAGAUAGCUGUACCUAAAAUACAAAUACCAGAUCUCUCGCAAAUCUUUUCAAGGAAAGACGCAUCUAAUGCUUUUAGAAAGGUUGGAGAUAAUGAACUUGCUACUAAUACAAUUGAGACUGACAGUCGCAAUUUACCAAGUGCAUUCAAACUUAAGAUACCACACAUCUCAACACUGAUUCCCAACAUUGACUCUACAAGUAGAGCUAAUGAUUUUGUAAAUGAGAACCGCAAUUCUGUGGAUACAACGAAAUUUGAUCUCCCAAACAUUGCAAAAUUGAUACCUAAGAUAGACUCAUCUAGUCUGCGAACAACAAACAACGAUGGUCUCAGUAAUUCAGGCAUUCAGGGAUCAGAAAGUACUUUGAAACUUCAAUUACCAAAAUUAAGAGCAAGUGUUGGAAGGAAUCAAAAAUUAUCUGAUGAUUCAUUUAAUUCUGAUAGUUCCAAUUCAGCCAGUACCAUACAAGAGCGAUACUCAAGCUUUUCUAAAUUAAACACAGACACGAGAAAUACUAAUGAAGUUAACAGCGUUUACACCAAUUAUUUAAAAAUGCCCGCAGUGAAACAAAUAAACUUAAAACAAAUGGAAAAUGUCGAUGAUGAAGACAACACUCCAAAAAAGAAAACAGGAUUUAAUCUUAAGUUGUCCGAUUUGAAUUUAGCAUCCACAAAUUCUCGCGACGCAGCUACAGAUUUACUUAAUAAUAUUAUUAAAGGACUACAGAUUCCAAAUCUAAAUAACAUAAUACCAUCCGAUAUGUUUAAAUCGCAAACCAAUGACCUGACUUCAAAAUCAACGGUCCAAAAAGAGGUUCCUGUUAAUCUUUUUGAAACUGAAAUACUGGAUACGGUUCCUGGUGCCUCUGAAAAACAAACCACGCAAGUUAACGAAAUACAAAAAGAAAGAGAUGAUGAUAUUCGCAAAAUAAUAAAUGAAGAAUUAAAAAAUGAAGUCGAGGACUUGCCAAUGAAAACUGAAAUACUUGACAGUUUACCAAAGUCUUCAGAAGUAUCUGAAAUUGAUGAUAAUAAAGAUCCUGAAGCUAACUUGAUUGGAUGUACUACAGGUGAUUUAAUCAAUGCUGCUUCUGAACCAAGCCCAAAGAGUUUAUCUAAUGAUGAAGAGACAUCAGAACUUAUUAAUGAAAUAGAGUCAAUGAAUGAAGAUAACAUUGAUGAUGGGAUUAGCGAUGGAGUAAUGGAUAGAGAAAAUGUUUUUGAGGAUGCAGAGGAUUAUGUUGAUGAGGCUAGAGGUUCGUUAGAUGAAUUGGGAAAUAAUGAUUUCGCUUCCGAAAAUAAGAUAGAUGGAUUAGCGAUAAACUCUGAUAUUCAGUCGUUGAGUGAAAAAAGUGUACCCGAAUCAGGUUCCAGAAACAGCCAGGAUGCAUUAAAAUCAAUAGGAGCGAGACUUAGGCAGAGGCUAGACGAUUUAAAGUUAGCACCAAAAAAGACUAUCGAAUUGCCGAGAUUAAGCGGAGUCAAAAAGUCACAAAUGGACCAAGCCCGAUCUGAAAGUCAAAACAAAGAUGUAAAAAUGAGUAGACAAGAUUUAGACAGCGAAAAAUCUGAUGAAAAUGUUGAUCAAGUGAAUAUUGACGAUUUACAGCAGAUGUCAGAUUCUUUGUUGAACCAAGAAAAUGAAAAUGUGCAAAAAGAAGCUGCCGUGGAACAAAACGAUAUCCCUGAAAUAGUUAACAAUGAGUCGUCUGAAGAGAAUAAUAUUCAAAAAACAGACAAUGAAGUGUUAGAACCAAAUAAUAUAAAUAAAGUUGACAGUUCUUGUAUUGUUACUCCAGAUAAAAAUAGCGGAUUAGAUAUGAAAUUUGACUCUAACAACAAUGAAAUGACAGUGGGAGCGAGUGAAAGAGUAGCUAAUAUUGUGAGACCAAAUCUUGCCUCACCUCUGGGUCAAAGUAUAAUUGUACAACCUACGUUAUUCCCGUCGAAUUUGGAUUUAUUUAACAGACCAACACUUGAUUUAAACAAUUUGAUUAAUAAUCCGCUACCCUCGUUUAAAAUACCAAAUCUUUUAAAAGCAAGUGAAGAUAGUAAAACGAAACUAUUUUCACCUAGCGAUGAUAGUAUUGAAGACAUCUUAAAACCAGAUAGUUGGCCAGCUCCAGGGACUUCCAGUUUGAGAUCAAGUUUACCAUCUCUACAGCCCCUGGAAGAUCUCAAUUUAGAUAUACUGCAAUUAAAACCUUUGAGUUCAGAUAUGCCUGAUUUACCAGGAUUGAAUUUGAAUUCUUUCAAGACGAGACUGGCUCUGCCAAAAUCAUUGGAUUUGAAGCCUGUGUUACUGGAGUCAUCAGUAGGCAAUAAAAAGGGGGUGAUCGGUGCUACGCUUACUCUAGGCUCUGGCAAAGACAUUGAUCGUUCCAAUUUGCUACAAGAAGCCAGUUCCUCGUUAAAGACCCCUAGUAUCCUCGGACAACCGCUAAGCACUUUACCUAGCUUUGAAGAUUUACAUGAAAGUUUCUUGGAGAAAACUCAGAACUUACUAAGCACUCCUUUACGGACAACAGGGAGAAACGUCGUUGAAGACACAUUCCGUUCUAGUCAAGUUCUAACUGAUAAUUUGCGAGUUCAAGCUGAAAAUACAGUAAAAGAUAUCCAGGAGAAUUUGCAGUCAGCUUUAAGAGUACCAGGAUUGCCAAGUCCACGUUUAGGCUCAUUCAGAAGUUCAGAUGAUCUAUUGGAAGAGAUAUCAAGAAGACACGAAGACGUCAAUGAUAAGUUGAAGGGAAUAUCUGUAGAUCUAUCUGAUCGUUUAGAGUCAUUCCGAGAUAAUCUUCUUGAUCAGUAUAGGAUCCCGUCUUUAGGUUCCAGUCUACUAGGUGAAAGUAGAUUAUCUCCACUCAGCUUGGAUUUCCCCAAACAAAGCAGUACUUUUAGAUCAAAACCGAGUAAAACUACAUUGAAGUUUUCUAAUAAAGGAAAGUUUGUCACCCCAGCAAGUAAAAGUAAAAGUUCAUCAAGGACGGCCGCAAAUAAAAACAAACUGAAAGCAGCGUCCAGUAUCGUAGCUCCGAAAGCAAUAGAAAUUCCUAAAUUAAGAACAGCACCAAAAGAAACAAAUCUCCUCAAAACACUUCGGAAAGAAACUACUUUAAAGACACCACAGUUUCUUUCCAGAGACAGGCCGACUUUAGGUUUGUUACAACCAGAAAAGAAUUUGAUUGAUUUUGACAGGCCUCUUAUGAAACCUAGAUUGGGCCAAAGUAAGGUCAAAAUAUCAUUUUCGACAACGCCCUUGCCACCGGUUUUGAAGAACAAGCCAUCUUUUAGAGCCAAUUCGAAACUAAAAGCCAAACCUUCGUUUAAAGAUUCUCUACCAUUAUCUAGAAGCGCAUCAAAGGAUAAAAAAGUUUUAGGAUCAAAAUUGAGUUCAUUGAGAGAUUCUGGUGGAUUUGCAAGCGAAAAUGUACCUUCAAGAGUUAAAGCACCAGGCAGCUUAAGGUCUGCAGUAGAAUCAGAUGCUAUUCCAAAAUCAAUAUCAACGAGCACUGCAAAACCAGUUAUCAGUCUCUUACUUCCUAAACCCAAAUCUUUAGGUAAAUCGUCUAGUGAUCCUGAAUUAGGGUCGUCAGCAUUAAAAUCGAAGUCUUUAGUCUCUGAUCUAGCAGUUCCAAAAACAGAGAGCAUUCUAAGAAGUAGCGAUGCUCCUCGACUUCCAGCCUUAUCAUGGCCUAAGAAACUAGACGAUGAGUUCUUGAGUAAAGUGAGAGAAGCACUAAGGGCUAGGUUAGCAGAUAUUGGCAAAAAACCCGUCAAUAUAGUUGACUCCAAAUUGACUACUGAGCCUCCUACUGAUAUUGACAUGGCAAGAUCAGCGUCGAAUAACGUUGAAGUAACCGACUUACAGACGAUGAAGGAAAAUACCGCGUAUACCUGUAAGAUGAUGUGUACUAAAAAUACGUAAAUUGAUAUUCGUUUAUUAAAAAACAUCACAAAUUGUUGACUAGGGUACUUAAUUAAGGCUGAGUUGCACCACCUAACUUUGACCGUAACUAUAACGAUAACCGGCGUUUUUUGUAUGCAGUUUGACAGAUUUUUGACGUUUGUCAAAGUUAAAGUAUGAUGGUGCAAUCCAGCCUAAAAGAUGUAACACUGAGGAGAUAGUAACACGAAAGUAGAAAAUUCAAGACCCUUGAAUACUUACUGAACUGAUACGAGUAUUUAAUUGUAUCAAACUGAAUAUUUAUUGUACAAAAACGGUAAUGCUAAUUAAUCUAGGUAGUCCUUUAAGAUGGCCCUUGUAUUGUAAACACGAAGAAUAUACGAAUGAAGGCACCAGUUGGCGCCACUAGCGAGUAAGGUCCUAUCAGUAAGCCAGCGCAAGUGGUGCCAAUUGGUGUUUGUAAAUACGAUAGAUAUUCUUAU